UUCACAUCAUUUUCGUCGAUCCCUACACCUACACGAUCUGCAUACCGGCAACUACACCACAUCUUUGCAUCACGAUGCCAUUGGAACAGGCCAAUGCCGUGCGCGGUGCCCAGCGCCACUCGCUCACCACUUCGAAGUCAUACCACGAUACUGUCAUCAGCAAGCCUGCAAGUCCAGAUAUUCCUCCAACCGAUGGUGGAUGCCAUUUCUUUGGUCUGUCAGGCGAACUUCGCAACACCGUCUACGCCUACGCACUCUCCAUGCCUGGCUCUGUUCGCUACAGCUGUGGUAAGGAUGGUGUUGGAAGAAUGCAAGAGCAGGCCAGCGUUGAGAGAGACGUGUCGCCAGGUCCGAGGCGGAAGGCAGGUACGACCCUGGAAGUCAAUCAAUUGAAGUACGUCAACAAGCAGCUUUACGAGGAAACACACGGCCUGGUCCUUCGAUAUAAUGAUCUGGUCUUCGCCACAGUCAGCGAGCUCGCAAAAUUUCUCAACAGCUGUCCGGAGUCUUACUACCGUCGCUUUCGCCUCAUUGAUGUUCAACGGGGCAUCUUCCGCCUCAUUGAUGUUCGACAGGGUAUCUCCCCCCCGGGAGAGGUUCACCAUUUGACGGCCGGUGCUGAGACGAUUGAAGGAGUAUUUCAGUUCUGUCGACAGAAUCCUUAUUGUCUUGUUCGUGACCAUCAUCCCUGCCUAGACGCUCGUGGCUACGGGUUUUGCCUCAAGGCAGGCUAUCUCCAACUAAUGGCCCGGAAAAACACUCAGAUCCUGGACAACACUUUCGUUUCGGAUUUCGUUCGUUACGCGGUGCACAGGUACAGGGAUUGCGCAGAGGACGAAAACCUCGACGAUGUACCUGGAAACAUCCCAGAAAAUUUUCGCUUUUUUCCCUCAUGCAAGGAGUUUGAUACGUACAUUACCCGCGUGAUGGACAGCCUUGAAGCUUCGGGUAUAGGCAAGUCCGUCGAAGAAGUGAUGGAGGUUGUCAGAGAUAUUUUCGAGCACGGCAUCUAGGGUAUCACAGAAGAAGUCAUUUGGAGCAAACAGCUGAUCACAAGAUGAUCAUGGAAAGCUCUAUGGAGAAGCUUGAAGAUUACGAAAGGGAUCGUGAAGCUUGAGAGCGGGCACAUAAUACAGACAGUCCAUGACCUCAAUGCCUAUGAUCAAUGCAUCAUUUGUGACUGCGGUAGGAAGAAACGAAAUUGAGAUAGCUUGAACCAAAGAUAUAUUCAAGC